AUGCCUGGCGAUAUCUGCAGCUUAGCCAUAAUGGCAAGUCUCGCUCGGGGAAAGAAAACUGGAAAUCUCCUUCUGUUACCCUUGUUUCUCUCUUUCUUUGCUUCUGCGGUGAAUUUUUCACCUCCUAAAUAUUCUGCUUGCCACAGCAAACAUUUUGGCUAUGAUGGAACCGUGUGUGUCUGCUCGGACGAGCUAGAGUGUGACUCUUUUAGCGAAGGUAGUCCCUUGUCUCACGGGGAAUAUGCUGUUUAUACAAGCUCAAAAGCAGGUGAUCGCUUCAGUUUAAGGACUGGGAAGAUACAAAGUGACUCCGAAGGAAGUCCACCUCUUGCUGAAGAAGCUGAACUUACUUUUACAGUGAACCAAAGCGAGAUUUUUCAGACAAUUCUCGGGUUCGGUGGUGCAUUUACAGGUACAGAAAAUAAUCUCAUAAACCUUUAAGCUGCAUUAUGUGUAAGGUUGGAGACCUACGAACCAGCUCGUGUAUGGUUGGGAAAGAUGUCUCUGCAAAAGAAUCGAUAGUUGAACCAGUCAAUUCAAUUCAAUUUUCGAGUCAUAGGCCAAAUUUCCAAACAAAACUCAUUCAGUAAACAAAGUAACUUAUAAGAUAAAACAAACAUGGCUACUUUGUUUACUGAACCUGUGGAUAAACAAUGCAUUUUGUCACUGUUAUUCUUUAAUUUCAGAUGCUGCCGGAAUCAACAUUUUUAACAUCAGCUCCACUUUGCAAGAGAAACUCAUUUCAUCAUAUUUUUCGGAAGAUGGCAUUGAGUACUCCAUCGGACGCAUCCCUAUGGCUAGCUGUGAUUUUUCCACAUACCCUUACUCAUAUGACGACCAUGAAGGAGAUUUUGAAAUGCAGAAUUUUAGCCUGGCUAAAGAGGAUUUCAGUUUGAAACUUCCUGUAAUGAUUUCCGCAAUAAAGAUGAGCAAACGGAAUAUUAGGUUCUUUGGUAGCCCUUGGGCAGCUCCAGCCUGGAUGAAGACCAAUGAAAAAAUGCAAGGGCCUGGUGAAUUAAAAGGAGUCGCUGGUGACAAGUAUCAUAAAGCUUGGGCUUUAUAUUUUGUCAAGUUCAUCAAGGCUUAUGAGAAGAAUGGUGUGAAGAUUUGGGGGCUUACAGUAGAGAAUGAACCAUCAACUGGCUUUAUUCCAGGGUAAUGAUUGAGCAAUAAAUAAUAAAUACCUAUUAUAUUUUCAGUGACCCUAUCUCCAUUGUUUGUUGCUAAUUUUGUAAAAUUUACCCCAAGGUGGACAAAAAAUGGUCAAUAACAAAUCAGAAUAUAUUUCAUUAUACAUGUACAAGCAGUCACACCCCUCAGGUAUAGUCGAAUAGUCCAGAAACAUGUCUUCUGGGUUAAUAAAAAAAUCUGAAAUAAGAGUGCUGUUUCUCGUGACAACAGCAAAUACCAUCUUUCAAAGAAAUCAUUGUCUUGCCUCUAUAUAUGUCCACAACUUGGGCUUUAAAAAAAGGGAACAAUCAAUCAAUCAAUCAUUCAAUCAUUUAUUUAAUAAAAUCCACAUAACGUCUAGUCUAAGCGCUGCACAUUUGGUAUGCCUUCUUGAGUUGCCCUGAUAUAUGACCCUUAAAGAUUAACAAUUUAUCCAGUUUAACCCCAAGAGUUUUCAUGGAUUCUAGGGUCCCUACUUUAAUACCUUUUAGAGUAAAUUGUGUGGUAAUUAUAUGAGCAUGGCUCAUGGUGUUGUCAUUGUUAACAAGGAGAUGAUUCUGAUCAAACCAGGAUGACAAUAAACUAAGUUCAGAGUUCACAACAAACUGCAGCACAGUAGGGGAGGUCUCAGAGUAUUAUGCAGUAGUAUCGUCUAUGUAGAGCCUAAAAGACAUACGAGCGAGGAACGAAAAUUGUUAAUAAAAAUUAGAAACAAAAGAGGCCCAAAAAGGGGACCCUGUGUCUCUGUAACUAGAACAUAUCCCACGAACUUUAACUCUCUGUUUGUGACCCAUCUGGUAGGAGGACAUAUCAGCUGCAAACCCGAUGAGGUACAUAGCUUUUUUAAUAACGAAAUUUUACCCAGCAAGACCAUUGAACGUGGUAACCAGUAUAAAAUUAAUGUAUGUUUUACAGGUCAAAAUUACAUUCAGGAUAAACUUUUUUAACCUGCAUAUAUACAUGUAGAGGGAUUCUUUCCUAUAGCAUUAAUUCAGGACUAAUAUUUAGGACUAGGAGACAAGGGAAACUGAUAAUCAACCAAGGUUAAAAAAUUUUAACUUGAAUUUAAUUUCGACCUGUAACAUGUGAAUAAGAAGUGAAAUGUUUUUUUUCUCCUGGUCAAGGUAUUCUUUCCAGUGUAUGGGUUUUACACCAGAGAUGGAGAGAGACUUUGUAAAAGAAGACUUGGGUCCAACCUUGGCCAAGUUAGGCUAUUCCAAUGUUACAUUGAUGAUGUUGGAUGAUGCUAGGCUAUUUGUACAUUCAUGGACUGAGAUAAUGUUGGAUGAUCCCCAGACUGCCAAAUAUAUUGCUGGUAUCGCUUUGCACUGGUACAAUGAGCAAAAUACGUCACCUGAUGUCCUUACCGCUGCUCAUAAGAAGUAAGUCAUCAAUAUUUGAAAGGAUUCUCAGCUCUUAAAUAAUAAUAUCAUUAAUGACAAUUAUAAUAAUGAAAAUAAGGAUCUUGCUUCAUCUUGCAUGCCUGCUUAUGGAUUAAGCCAUAUAAUGAUAUUAUUACAAUAGUACUGUCUUAAUCUUUUUGUAGGGGUAUAGGCAAAUCCUUGCUUACUGCAUUAUUUUUAUAUAAUCCUUCAAAGCUUUUGAGCUUACACAGAAAAGGUGUCAUACUAGUCAAAGGAUUGGAAAGGAAAAAAAUGUUUUGGACAAAGUUUGUUUACAAGCUUACAACAAGCAAAUUAAACCUUUGUUUCUUUGUUCUUGUUGCUGUUUUAAUGUAUUUUCAUUUCAACCACUGUAGAUUUCCCAAUCAUUUCUUCCUGAACACUGAAGCCUGCACAGGGUGGACAGGCCCACCAUCUGAGAGGGGAGUUCAUCUUGGAGAAUGGUCUCGAGGAAGUAACUAUUCACACAGCAUUAUUGAGGUAUGUAAACAAAGCCCAGCCACUUUGAGCCCAUACCUCCCUAGAAAGUCAGUCCCACUCUCUCCCCUGUGGGUUUUACCUUGGUGA